AUGCUCUCAGACAAGUCUAGCUUCAAGUCCAAAUUGAACCGAGAUCUGAAAUACCUGGAAAAUAACCCCAAAGAACGAGAAUUCGUCGAGUAUAUGAGAUGCGGUACCAACACAACAACUAUUCAGCUUACUUUGAUCGCAGCCUUGGAGGCGACAAUACCCAAUGUCAGCACUCGGGGCUCAAUUCGCCUUGACAUUAUAGGCGCAGCUGGAGCUGAGUUUGCUUCUGUUCCUGCAUUUGAGGAGCUCUUACACCUUCUACCAUCGCUGACAGCUCUUUACCUAACAUUUGUAGGUCCGAAUGUGUCCAUGGGUUUUAGAGACGGUAAAAAUUCUCAGAAACUCUACAAACUUCAGUGCUGCACCACGUGUACGAAAAUGGGACGAUCGGUUUCUAUCGCUACCUGGAGAGGUCCAUACCACACAUACGUCAAUACCAAACUCUAUCAGACACCAGACCUUGGAGCAGCUUUCCACUCGGGAUUUUCGGUAGUCGAACAAGCGGAAUGGUACCCAACCAUCAAGUAUCUUACACAUGCUCCGUGCCCAAUACUCUUUACUGCCGCCAGAUAUUUUGAAAUUCGGGGAGAGAUGCAGAUCUGGAAGGAUUUAGGGGUUGAAUUUUUGAAGCACCCGGAAGUAAAUAAGUGGAAGGGGAUGUCUCCUUCACUUGCAGUCUGUGGGGACAAGCCGAACGAGGUCAUUUAUCAAAAUUAUUGGUGGUAUAUCGUGAAAUAA